AUGAGCCCAGCGACACCAGCGCGCGCCAGCGCACUCCUCUCAAACUUAACAGCCGUGCGCGCGCGAGUGAGCACAGCCGCCCUCCAAUCCCCAAUCCCCAGCAAACCAAUCCGACUCGUCGCAGUCUCCAAGCUCAAGCCCGCGUCCGACGCAUUGGCACUGCACCAAGCCCCGGGGUCACAACUCCACUUCGGCGAGAACUACCUUCAAGAACUACUCGAGAAAUCACGGCUGCUACCCGCAAGCAUCAAAUGGCACUUCAUCGGCGGGCUGCAGAGCAACAAGUGCGUGACGCUCGCGCGGGAUGUGCGCGGGCUGUGGGCUGUCGAGAGCGUCGACUCGGAGAAGAAGGCGAAGUUGCUGGAUAAGGGGUGGGGUGAGAGGGGUUCUGAGAUGGCUGCUACGAACCACGACGAAGAUGGGAGGCUGCGUAUCUAUGUUCAGGUUAAUACGUCUGGCGAGCAGAAUAAGGCUGGUGUUGAGCCUGCUGGGGCGGCGGCGCUUUCUCGAUAUGUUCGUGAGCAGUGUCCGCGGCUUAAGUUGCAGGGUUUCAUGACUAUUGGGGCUAUUGCGAGAUCGCAGGCGACGACGGUGGAGAAUGAGAAUGAGGAUUUUGUUUGUUUGAGGGAGACGAGGGAUCGGGUUGUUAGGGAGCUUGGGUUGGUUGGGGAUGAGGCUGGGUUGGAGCUUAGUAUGGGGAUGAGCUCGGAUUUUGAGGGGGCGAUUGCUCUUGGUAGUGAUCAGGUUAGGGUUGGGACUACGAUCUUUGGGGAUCGGCCGCCUAAGGCGGAGGCGAGUGUUGUUUAA